AUGGUAAAUCUCCCCAGCCUUCGCGGCCUCUUCCCGACAAAGUCCACGCCUGGAGAGAGGAUUCUCCGUCCGCGGGUCCCGCCGGGGAACCCCCAGCCGCUUUCUCUGCUCUUUAUGACACCUUCACAGCGCUACACCGACUCCUCCUGGCUGGGGCUCCGCUCCCCGUGCUCCUCAGGGCGUCUUCCCGCCUCGCUGCGGAAGGUGACCCGAAAGCGGAUUUAUCUACUACGGAAUAGUAUAGUUUUGAACGGUUGUCGGCACAGUUGCAGUGUUGUUAUUGCCUCCCGUAAAUUUGACCGAUUAAAAGCUGCUGCAGAAGAACUGAAUAGUACAUUUUCUUCCAUGAGUCCUGCCAAAGUGACUCCCGUACAGUGCAAUAUCCGCAAAGAAGAUGAGGUUGAAGCUUUGGUGAAGUCUACACUGAGUCUGCAUGGGAAGAUUGACUUCCUGGUGAAUAAUGGAGGAGGCCAAUUUGCAAGUCCUUCUGAAGCCAUCCGUGCAAAAGGCUGGAAUGCCGUGAUAGACACGAAUCUGACAGGGACCUUCUACUGCUGCAAAGCAGUGUACAAUGCCUGGAUGCAGGAACAUGGAGGAGUCAUUGUCAACAUUACUGCUGCCGUGAGAAAUGGGUUUCCUGGAAUGUCGCAUACAGGAGCUGCAAGAGCUGCAGUGAAUAACCUAACCAAGACUUUAGCUCUAGAAUGGGCCCACAGCGGAGUUAGAAUCAACAGCGUUGCUCCUGGACUAGUAUUUUCAGAAACUGCUGUUGCAAACUACGGAGAACAAGGUAUAAUGAUGUGGUUAAAGAGCAUACCAAAGGUUCCUGCCAAGAGGUCAGCGGUUCCUGAGGAGAUCUCUCCUGCGGUGUGCUUCCUACUGUCUCCAGCUGCUUCUUUCAUAACUGGGAUAACCAUGGUCGUGGAUGGUGGCCAAAGUUUAUAUAGCCAUACCCUAGAAAUACCUGAUCACGACAGAUGGCCCUCACCACCAGAAGGAAAAAAUUCUGAAAUGCUAAAAGCCCUUCUUUCUGGCAAGUUCAAGCCAAAGCUGUAA